UAACACGGAGCGUAGGUGUUUUUUACGGUAGUCCGGAGUGAGUCAUCUCUUCGCCACAGACGAUCUCCGGGCAGCGUUUAUGUGUGCGUGAGCUUGUGUGAGAGACGUCACAGCCUGCCGUUGGUCCGGUUCAGCUCCAGUUCAGCUGGUGCGGAUCACCGGUUCUUCCGGCAAACUCACGGAACCGACGCCGGCGUUCAGCCAGGACCCUCCCGGGGGAGCGGGGGGGUCACGGGACUGUCCGAACCGGGAUACUUUCUUACCCGGGCUGAACCGAGAGGACCCGAACCGGGGCGGGGACCGCUGCCGUUAACGUCCGCGAGUGACGUCGGUCCGCCUGAGAUCAAGCGCGCCGCCCGCUCGUCUGGGACUCACCGGAACCGAUCCGGGACCCAGGAGCUCCGAGCGGUGAUGGAGAGGAAGAGGACGGACUGUCCGGCUCUGCCGCCGGGCUGGAAGAAGGAGGAAGUGAUCAGGAAGUCCGGACUGAGCGCCGGAAAGAGCGACGUCUACUACUACAGCCCGACGGGGAAGAAGUUCCGGAGUAAGCCUCAGCUGGCCCGUUAUCUGGGGAACGCCGUGGACCUGGCGUGCUUCGACUUCCGCACGGGGAAGAUGAUGCCCGGAAAGCUGCAGAAGAACAAGCAGCGGUUCCGACACGACGCGCAGAGCCUGGCUAAGGGAGGCAAACCGGACCUGAACACGGCGCUGCCCAUCAGACAGACGGCGUCCAUCUUCAAACAGCCCGUUACCAAGGUGACGAGUCACCCCGGAAACAAGGUCAAGGCAGACCUGCAGAGAGCCGUUGAGCCGCCGCGACAGCUGUUCUGGGAGAAGCGGCUGAAGGGUCUGCGGUCGUCGGACGUCACAGAGCAGGUCCUCCAAGCCAUGGAUCUGCCCAAAGGCCUGCAGGGUAUCGGUCCGGACUCCAGCGACGACGUUCUGCUGUCGGCCAUCGCCAGCGCGCUGCACAUGAGCUCUGGUCCCAUCACGGGCCAGACGUCGGUGGCCGCUGAGAAGAACCCGGCCAUCUGGCUGAACACGUCGCAGCCGCUCUGCAAGGCCUUCACGGUGACGGACGAGCAGAUCCGGGAGCAGGAGCUGAAGGUGUACCAGGCCCGGAGGAGUCUGGAGGAGGCGCUGACGGCCGACAGUUUGGCCAAGGCAGCUGAAAACGCCCGGGAGCUGCUGCGGGGAAAGACGGCCUGAAAACGGACAGAGUCCUCGUCUCCUCCAUCCUCAGGGUUAUCUCCGUCUUCAUCCACAUCCCGACUGCAGACCAGCAACUCCCCACAGACCGGACCCCAACCAGCAGCCCCCCCACCCCCCCGAUACUUCCCCGACCUUCCCGUUCAGGAAACCGUCUCCACGCCGGACGCCGGCCCGACCCGGAGCUGCUCAGACGGACCGGCGCCAGCGACGAGUGAAGCUGCAGGAACACUGAGAGCUGCAGCAGCAACCAAAGCCUUCAGCCAGCAUUUCCCUUUUUUUCCUCCUGAUUAUGUCUUCUUCUCAUCAGACUGAUGCCGUGAUGAAUAAAGUGAAGUGGGUCCAGUACUGACCCGGUGUCAGGCCCGGCCCGGCGCUAACUCUGCUAGCCGCGCCACGCCGCGUUCCCGGUCGCUGGAGGCCGAUGUCAUCAGCUCGAAGUCCUCAGGGUUUGAUUUAAUAAUUAUGAGAAUUUACAGACAUGUUGAACAGAAUAAUUGCUUAUUUAAGAGAAAUUUUAUACCUUCAGAGAACUUUAGUGUACAUUUCUUCUACUGGAGAGAAUAAAAAGAUUAUAUUCACA